AAGAUUGGAUAAAUUCUACAGAUUUUAUUUCAUAGCAAUAGCGUUACGACUCUUUUAAAAAUAUUAACUUAUCUGCAAUAUGCCGAUUUCGACACAAGUAUUUCAAAUUUAUCGUUCUUCACUGUAAUUUAUUAAUCGUACAUCAAGAUGUAUUGUCUGCAAUGGCUGAUUCCCGUUCUUCUAAUACCAAAGCCUGUGAACCCGGCAUUGGUGAAUACUCAUGUAAUGUUCAUGGUGUUAUAUUUAAUAGGAUUUUUCUUAGAACGGAAACCCUGUACGGUAUGUAGCGUCGUCUUCCUAGUGACUGUGAUUUUAAUAUGCUACAGCGGUAUCGGUAAUUGUUUGUUUUGGAAUCAAUGUGAAACGGAAAAGUAUGAUUCCUAACCGUGCUCUUAUUCUUCCAAAGUGAAAACUCUGUGCUCAAGAAGGUGACUUUCCGUCAAGAAGCGAGAUUUGGAAGCAUAACCAACAGCCGUUAUCUAUAUAAAUAAUUCUACAGUCACUGACAUUGUGAGUAACAGUAAUAAUUGACUACGAAUAUUAAAUUCUAAAGUUUAUUCAAUGCUAAUAUAUUGAAUAACUCGAGACGAUGACGAAUUCAUUCAAAAUUACCAUAUAGUAAUGUUCAUAAUACAUUUCAUAUUUACAAAUGGAAAAACUUCAUUUAGUACCUAUACUCUGUUCGAAAAACAAAUAUCUAAAUCAAAUGAAUACUUGAUAUUAAAAUAAACUAGCACUUCUUUGUAUUCAUAAUUUUUGUUAAGUAUAAGUAUUGAUUCUAAGUAUGAAAAAAAAUAUGUAUCUUCUCAUUAAAUAACAUUUCUUAAAGUUAGACAAUGUUACAAAUCUAUAUUGAAAAUUGAUUAUUCAAUGCCCAAAACAUGUACAUUGUGCAAAAAAGCAUGUUUUUAAUUUAGUUUUUUUUUUCUUUAAUUGGUCAAAAACGCUAUACAGUAAAGUUGAAUCAAACUGCAAUACUUAUAGAAUACAAAAAAUGUAAACAAUUCAAUUAUAACUAUUAAUUCAUUCUCAUUUUAAUAGACAGCAAAAUUGUGUAGAAUUAGAAAAAGUAAAGGAUGGAAUCGUAAAAGUUGAAAGAUCAUCUUUAUUUGAAGCAUUUGCUUUAAAGAUUGACUGUAAAAAUAUAUUUCAAAUUCAGUUAAAAUAGUAUAUUAUGUUUAGGUUUUCACAAUUCACAAAGACUAGAUUAAAUACUUUCCAGAUCGUUUUGCAUAAUUUUGUUAAAAAAUUUGUAUUCCAGUACUACUAUUGUAAAAACUUUAAAAAUGCAUAAAUUGUGAUACUAACAACAAGAUUAUAUAAAAAAAAUUUUAGUCAUAUUUCAUCAUUUGGAAAGUAUUUCAAAUAUUGUAAAGUAAUAUGAAAAAAAGUAUAAGUUUUAUUAUAAUAAGAAAUUUAUAAACUAUUCACAAAGGGUGUAAUGUCAUUACAUUAGACCUUUUUCAUGAAAUAUAUAGUAGUGUAUCAAACAUAAAUAACCUCUAUACUUUUGCUGGGGACAUUGCAGACGUACAACUAAAAGCCACAACCUCCCAUUCGUCCAUAAUAAUCAUUACAAAUUUAUUCACUAUGAUGUGAAUAAGUCAGGAAAUUGCAAUAUUAUCAAGUUUUGAACACACUUGAAUAUAUGCAAAAACAGCCAUCUAAACUCUGUAAUGAAUGAAGUAGUUAGUCAAAGAAAUUAUCUCAAUAUAUUUUUCAUAUUUUUUAUUUGACUCUAAUAAAAUGUGACAUUUUAAAAUCUUUUAUCCUUCAAUUUUAGAAUAGUCAUGUUGUUAUAAUUUUGGAAGUAAACAUUUUUUAGCAAUAAGACCUCCAGUUUUAAUUUUAUGUAAUCCAACCUUAAAUACCACUCCAUACUUGGGAAUAUCUAACUUUCCAUGUAUAGCAGUCCACUCCAUGUAUGGCCGGUAAAAAAUAGUUAACAAAAAAAAAGGAAAUUUGCAAUAACUCGUAGGAUUUCAUUCUUACCCUACAACUUGAUGUAUUCGGUAUUGAAUUUUAAUUCAGAAUGAAAUAUAAUAUUGCAUUUUCUCUAGACAAAAAGUCACUUUACAAUCCCAGACAUUGGUACAUAAAAUGAUAAACUAGUGAACACACAAGCAUUUCCCAAGAGGCCAAGGACAGAUUACCAAGAAAAAAGUAUUCUAUAUCAUAAUUCAUAGCAGAAUAUUCUAAAAAUCUGUUGAGCCAUUUUUGCGUUAAUUUAUAUACUAUACAUAUAUCCAAACAAACAACCUUUCACAUUUUAAUAUUAGUAUAGAUUGUUUAAAUGAACAUAAGUACAUUUAGAGUACCCUAAGUAAAUUCUCAUAUUGAAAGUAAAGAAUUAAAUGUUGUAGCUUAUCCAUAUUUCGAUUUUCACUGACUAAUAUAAAUAUUUCAUGAAAAAAAACGUUUUAUAUGAUUAUAUUUUUUAUUAAUUUAUUAAUAUGUUAAAAGAUCUUAAGACGAGUAAGUUAGUGUUUAAUGUAUUAUAUUUAUUCGGGUUUAGUAUGUUGUGUAAUGAAAUUUUUCUGCCUUUUUACAUUUGUAACAGAUUAACUGAACAUUUUUUUAAAUCUAAAAAUAUUAUGUACUCAUAUACAAAAUAAAAAUCUUACAGUAGACUCUAAUUUGCAGUUUAACAGUUAAGGACCCUGAAUAAAUCUUAAAAACUACUUGAUAUACAAAUGUAAAUCAAUACAUUAGCCUAUACUAAACAUUGUAUUCAAAAACAAUUGAGUAAGUAAUUCAUAAUUACUAUUCCAAUCAGGAAGUAAUUUGUUAAAUAAAGCAACCUUGACUCAAACGCUUGAAGCUGGUUCAUGAUUUGUAUAAAUUAAAAGUCGAUACGUGGUGAUUACAUUUUUUUGAAUAUUUCGUCUACCUACUUUUUCGUCUAUCACAAAUACUUGCAAUAGGCGAUCUCAAACGCUAACUUUAAACAAAAUGCAUCAUAUUCGGUUGCAUCAAAAUGACUAAAAUUAAAAGCUUAAAAUUAAUAUCAGCAACCCACGCAAAUAAAAUUUGAUUUGUUUCUCUAAAGACGUCCUUAAAAACACUUUAUUUUAGUCUUCCUUGACAACGAAAUCUGUACAUAGUAUUCCAUUUGUUCGACACGCAAAAUAAACACAAGAUGAAGUAAAUAACAAUUGAAUAAUAACUUUUUGUAAAUUUUCUAAUAUUUACAUUACAAUAUAUAUGUAGAUAUUGAUUAGCAAAGGUAAUUUGUCACUGCUUCCUAACAUAGAAUUUUAAACUAUGUAAAUAAAUAAUAUUAGAAAGUCAUAGAAUAUAGUCGCUUAUUGAAAAACGACACAAAAUGAAGACGAUUUGUGAAAUUGCAUAUACCUAACCUGAAUGAUUUUGUAUACACGUCUGGAGCACGGACCUAAUCUGUUACAGGCAGGCAAACAGCACCAUUACUGUUUUUUCAUCAUUCUGCUGCCCUUCUCUCAGUCACCUGGGGUCGGCGCAACAUGUUUUCUCCUUCCAUACUCUUCCUCUAUCAUAUACCAUAUCUUCGCAGCAAUAUUACUGUUUAGUGGGGAAUUUUUUGACUCCUUUUUUCCUUCUUUUGCUGAUAGCCCUGACAGGCUAUUUCAGCUUCUCCUUGACGUGUAGGUGAGCUCACGGAGCUCAAACCGCAGUGUUGCUAACACUGGCCCUAGCAAGAGCAGUGCUUCGCAGGAUGGGAAACGCGACCCACUAAGAAGAUCCGGCGAAAAAUUCAGUAGGCUGUGUCUAUGGGAAGUUCCUUUGAGGCAACUCGUCGUUUAUAAUCCCUACUCGCCCGGUUACGCUGGCAUAACCCCCUAAAUUACCAGCAUAUGUAGGAAAAAGACCCUACUGUUUACACUCCGUCACGCUUGCCAAAGCAUAAUAUGAUGAAAAUUUAAACAAUUUAAUUAAAACUAAGUACCUACUUAUUUUCACGGUUAAGUAAUUUUCGACGCAAACACAUGUAAUUAUCGUUAUCAAAUCAAUAUCCGCUAUAUUCUUUUAAUAUGAUUUAAGUAAAUUAUAUAUAUAUUUACGUUGGUCAUACCUAAGAAAAUAAAAUCAAAAUUUCGUAAUCUCUAAAAAGUGUACAUAGCCGAUACUAAUAAAGUCGUUACUAUUAUAGUCGAUGGCUAUUUUAUAUAAACGUGCAGAUAUGCGUUUUCUCAAUAUCGUCUUUAUUAAAUGUUGACUUUUGCCAUUAUUGAUAAAUCAGAGGUACAUCGUUUGUUGAAUAUUCUAAUUAAUUGCAUUAGAAAUACAAAUAUAGAGCGUGAAUACUGUAUAUCAAAUGUUUAAUCUUCUGUGAUAGUAAGUUAGGAUUAAUUUGCGAUCAUUUGUUUUAUUAGAAUAUUAGUGAAUGAUUUGAUCCUAAAAACGAGGUAACAACAGAAGUGACUAUGAAAUGGUGUAAAUAGUAACGCAAUUUACGUGGAACCUUUUAUUUAUUUAUUUACUUUCAUCAUUCUACGUUCACUGUUCGAAUUAUAAUCGAUCUUGUGCUCCAUUCCUGCUAAACCGCUGCGAAAUGAUGGGUCACUAUUCUGUGUCGAACUGUUUAUCGUAACACAAUUAUUAUCUAUAAUCAUUGUUGCAGGCCGUUUUAUGAAUAAUAUAAGGGUUUUUGUCGACUAAAUCUAAGGGCCAAUCUAACUAAUAAUUCUAUAUCAUGUAUCUGUCACUAGACGUUCACUUUUGAACUUUAAAAGGCUUUUUAUAAAACUUUUUAUUACUUACAAGGAAGUGAGUUGAACUGCGUCGUUAGUCAAAUAAAAGGUGAGAUUAAUCCUUUAAAAAUUAAAUGUUUACUUUUCUUUCAGUAUUAACGAGGUCACAAUAGUAUAACUCAGUUUUGUAACCUCAUUUUUAUGAUCUAAUGAUUGGAAAAUGUGCCGUUCUGUACUUAUGCAUCUAAAAUAUCUAUUAGGUAUUGUUAUGUAUGUAGACUACAUUAAUUGUGAUAAUCCCUGUACAGUUACUUGUUAUUGAUGUUAUGUAUUAAUUAACUGUAUUUAAUAUACAAUAAACAUGGGAUUGAUUGA